CUCUAUGGUCACUCUAAACAGCUGCAACACGUGCAAUUUUAAAAAUUGUUUUGGUUUAUUUAUCUUAAUAUAAACCUCUUAAUUGCUUAGUUUUACCGCUUAACAAUGAAAAUCCGCAAGAAUCAUGCCCGCAAGCGUUACCGCUACAAUGUGAACCGCAAGACGAUGAACAAAACCCGCAGUUCUACGGGAAAAAUUAAGGAUCCCAGGAUGAAGAAGAUGUGGAUGGAGGACCAGCGCGUGGGCACCAACUUCAGUGAAAUGGGUUUGGCCAAGGAUGUGAACAAGGCCAUUGCGAUUCCCAGCUACAAGAAGGAUCGCCUCCUGGCGGCGCGAGUUGUGAAUGGAUUUCUGGAGGAGGAGCUGGACGAGGACGAGCGACGGGCACUGGGCCUCAAGAAACCAGUCGUGGAGGAGGGUCCCAAGCGGGGACAUGUGGUCCAGGAACUAGAGCAACUGGCCAGCGAGCGGGCCGACCCGGAAUUCAGAUUACCCAAGGGCGUGGUCAAGGAGCUGUCCUACUUCCUCGACAAGCACCAAUUCAACUACAAAGCCAUGGUCGCCGAUCGCAAGAACUUCAACCAGAGCACCUGGCGACAGUUCCGGCUGAAGAUCCGCAGAUUCAUGUCCAUUCCGGAGCAAUUCAACGUCUACCUGGAGCAGAAGAACCUGCCCGUGGGCGUGAAACCGGACUGGGAGGAGUACGAAUCGGACAGUGAAUGGAAAUAG